UAACGGAGGCGAUCUUCUGUGCACUUUUCCCGGUCUCUGGGAAGCACAAUGGCUGGGGUGUUUGAUUUAGAGCUUCACGAUGCCCCAGAUCAAGAAGAGGACAUCUCAGACGAUGAGUAUUUGGUGGCCGAUGACCAGAUUGAGGAGAGGUUCCUUGCCUCAAGUCGACAUGCCAUCCUUGAUGUGGAGGGGAUGGAAACCCUGGAGUUGACAGAGAGUACGGUUAACCCAGGACCCCAGAGGGCUGGCCCUCAGGACUUCCAGCUGCUCAAAGUGCUCGGCAAGGGAGGCUAUGGAAAAGUUUUUCAGGUCCGAAAGGUAUCUGGAAAUGACACAGGCAAGAUUUUUGCCAUGAAAGUCUUAAAAAAGGCAACAAUAGCUAGAAAUGCCAAGGACACUGCCCACACAAAAGCAGAAAGAAAUAUUUUAGAAGCUGUGAAGCACCCAUUUAUAGUGGAUUUAAUGUAUGCAUUUCAAACCGGGGGAAAACUUUAUCUGAUUUUGGAAUAUUUACCUGGUGGGGAAUUGUUCAUGCAACUGGAAAGAGAGGGCAUCUUUAUGGAAGACACAGCAUGUUUUUAUUUAGCAGAAAUCACAUUAGCUAUAGAGCAUCUCCAUUCACAAGGAAUCAUCUACAGAGAUCUUAAACCAGAAAAUAUAUUACUCGACCAUCAAGGUCAUGUAAAGCUGACGGACUUUGGUUUGUGUAAAGAGUCUAUAAAUGAAGGGGCGGUAACUCAUACUUUUUGUGGAACAAUAGAAUACAUGGCACCUGAGAUUUUGACACGAGGUGGUCAUGGGAAGGCUGUUGACUGGUGGAGCCUCGGAGCCUUAAUGUAUGACAUGUUGACAGGCGCGCCGCCCUUUACUGCUGAAAACAGGAAGAAGACAAUAGAUAAGAUACUCAAAGCCAAGCUGUGUUUACCUCCUUACUUGACAAACGAGGCCAGAGGGUUGAUAAAAAGGCUAUUAAAGAAGAACCAAACUGAAAGGCUAGGAGGGGGGCCAGACGAUGGUAAACCCAUCAAGGGCCAUGCAUUUUUUCGUCACAUAGACUGGAGUGACUUAAUCACCAGGAAGGUGGAGCCUCCCUUCAGACCUUCUGUGUCAGGAGAUGAAGAUGUGAGUCAGUUUGACACAAAGUUCACCAAGCAGACACCAGUCGACUCCCCGGAUGACACGGUGCUAAGUGAAAGUGCUAACCAGGUGUUUGUGGGAUUCACGUACGUGGCACCCUCUGUCUGGGAGGAGCUAAAUAAGCCAUGGAUCGCAGAGAAAGAGCCGCGGUCACCAAGAAAAGUCACGGCAAGUUUCAGGGGACCAUUGAGCCUUCCCAAAUGCCCACCCAUUGAAGAACUUGCCCUUCCGGAAGAAAUGCAAGUAGCCAACGGUUUCCAUGCCAACGGUGAAGAAGCCAUGGACAUUUCGUCAGUUUCAAGUCUGCCACGUCGGUCGAGAUCUCCAGCAAUAGCCACAAACAACGCAACGCCCAAACGGUCCCCGUUUCCCGGGUCACAAAAUCGGCCCCCACAUCUACGUAUGACUUAAUGUAGACAAUUUUAGGACUUGUGAAAAUCUCUAUUUUAAUAUUGUAACAUAAAAGGAAAACAAAUGAAAAAAGCUGCAGACUGAUAUGUACAGGUUAUUUAUUUCAUGUGUGCUGUAUAGAAGACAUUUUUAUUAUGCUGACUUUGACGGAUUGGCAAGAAAAGACGUGGUCUGACCAUGUUCCUAAGUUAUCUGUUACUAUGAGUAAUCAUAAGAGCUAAGGUCUUGUUUAAUUGGUGCGAUUUGUGAAAACAUCUUGUAGGAUGCAGCUUAUCACAUACAUUAAGAGGAGCUCUGAUUCGUGUGAUUUCUUGCAGUCAGUGCCCUUGGGUUGGGACUUUUGUGGUAUGCUCCUAAAUUUGUCUUGCAAAACCACAUUAUAGUUACUUGGCUUCAGCAAGGAGUUCUUUAAACUCUGGAAAACAGAUUUUCUAUGGUAACAUGAAUGUUAAAAAAGAUAAGGAUGUUGGAGCAAUUUACAUGUUUUUGUUUGUUUUUGGGGUUUUUUUUCCAGUCUGAGGUGAUAAGGGUUACAUGCUGCCAGCUGUGUUUUAAGCCUAUAAUAUUAUAUGAAAAUUUAAGACAUUGAAGAUUUAUGCAUAUGAGAAGUGAUACAAAUGUUAAUAUCUGUAUGAUUGUGUGUGUACAGUAUGGAAGUGUUUCAGCCACCAUUCUGAAGUGUUCCAGAUCACACUGUAUUUUUGCAUAUUUAUGGAACCAAGGGCUAUACCUAGACUACCAAGUCAGCUUUCACAAAGUGUUGCAUGGCAAUUCAAAUUUCUCAUUGCAUGGUUUUGCCUGGGUUACAUCUACACAAGUUGAUAUGGAUUACGAGAAAAGUUACAAAAAAACAUUCACAGUUAUCAACUUAUCAGUUGUCACCUCUCGUUAUUAUGGAUAUUCAAAUUGUCAUAUCAAAAAAGGCUCAGAUUUUUCCAUAGAACAGAGUUUAAUUUAAGUGAUUAUUUUCUUCAGUUUGCAGCUCAGGUAUUAUUUCACAAAACAAUGUAUAUAUAUGAAAGGCCAUACAUGUAUACCAGUGUAACAAUAAAAAGUGUGACAAAUCAGCCGGCCAACAUUAAACUGGUUAUCCUCAUUGUUGGUACGUUAUUCCCUGUAUUUAGGGUGUGGAGGGUUAAAGCUGGCUUAACUUAGAUCAGAGGCAUCGUAACAUUGUGGGUUUGACAAGUAAUUGCUGUACUCAAAUUGUAUUAACCCUUAACCUGAGAGAAACCUAAACUUUGAUGCGCACAAAUAUAUGAAUGUGCUUAUAAGUAUAAAAUAUGCACCAUGCCGCUGGUUAUCUAUUCUAUUCUAUUUAAAGUAUCACUUUUAUAAUCUGUAUAUGGUAACUGCUUGUCAUUGUACACCUCUUGGGGUAUUUAUUUAGAGGUAUAUUCAGUAGAGAGGCCUGAGGUGUAUUACUCUGCUUGAGAUCUGGUCUUGUUUUAUGUCAGUCAUUGUCUUUUCCUUUUUUAUUGAGCUGCCUGAUAUGAUUCGCUGUGCUUUCUUAGGCCUGUAGAGUAUACAUGUAGAUAGAUAAACAGAGUUCCGCUAGGAAUAUUCGUAUGUUUAAAAGGCUUUUGUCGGUUGGCUAGCUGCUUUCAUCAUCAGCAAAUCAAAAACGCUGUAAAAAAAAAAUAUUGACCAUUAGAAAUCUCUGUAACAGAUUGCCUGUAAAGCAAUCCAAACUUAACCAAUCACCAGCUUUCUCUCUGGUAUUGUGAAUGAGUGAAACAGUGUUUAAAGUGAUACAUGUAAAGUACAACAUAUGUGUCUUUCAGGAAGUAUAAAGCUGGUUUUUCAUUGGCUGAGACACACUGACUUUUCCUGACAACUUGGUGCUUUGUAGAAUUACAUGUUCAAGUUCAUGUAUGAUUAUGAGAAUUUGACAGUGAGACCCAUCCCAGUAUAAAGGGUACUGUGAAAUAAAUGGAUAAAUAAACGAAAAACUUGUGAUAUUGAUAGCAAAGUGAAGCAUCAAGAUGUAAAACUGUACUAGUGAUGAUCGUGUUUGGUAGUGGGAUACCAUCUGACUUGUUCUGGUACAGCACUCAAAGGUACCCGCAUCAAUGCUCUCCCCAUUAUUAAACACUGUAGAGCUUAAGCCUUGUCUGGUUAUGAAUCAGAAAUAAGACUUUUAACUGAUCUCGUUAACACCUUCACAAUUGAGUAUUUCACCUAAAGUUUGUUUUUUUUAAAGUGCAUUUUUGGAAGCACAUAAGGACCUUAAAAUGAUACUUAUGAAAUUAGUAAAACUACACAAGAAACUCUUUAUUAAAGUGGCUGAGUCAAGCAAAAUGUGCGCCUUGAAAGAAGCUAAACUUCAGGUGAAAUACUGUAAUGUAAGCUCGGAGUACAAUGUAGCCCUUUGUUCUUCUGUAUAAUUUGUUUAUUUAAUGGUUUUAUCUUUGUAUAGAUCAUAUUGUUUAUUAUCAAUGGUAGAUUUUCGGUCAUUUCGGUGGUUAAGUUUUACUGUAGGUGCAGUGCGAGGGACUGAAUGUUAUUCCUGAGUGAAUUCCUGGCAGGUUUUUGGUUUGCAUUAAAUCCAGAGCACAGGAGGACAUUUGUUGUUGAACACAAGAUUUUGCGAUUCCAGCAUCAGAUGAACCAGAAUAUUGUCUACACACCGACGGGCAUCAUUUCUUGUCAGCUUUUGGAGAUCCUAAAUAUGUUAAAGGUCAUUUGCACAAUAAACCUGCAGUCUUGUAUAUAAUCGUGUGACAUUUGCAUCGAUGCUGAUUGAUGGAUGAAAGUAAGUAAGACAUUAGUCAGAGUAAGACAUUCUGCUUGUGGUUUUGGACAACAAAUAUUGUCUUUGUGCACUGGACUUCAGGAAGGGAAAGAAGCAAAUUGCACUGCACAGCCUAUAUGUAUAUAAAUACCCAGAAUAUAGAGUCCUUGAUAAUUAGAGAUAUAUGCAGUUGCUCCCAGUGGGAGUGAACAGCUUCAAAUUAACCAGUUAUCAAAGACUUAGAGGAAAACUUCAGUUUUAUGGUUCUUUUUUUUUUUUAAUUUAUUUAGUUUUCUAUUAUUUGUUUCUUCAGAUAUAUUAUGUAAUGAAAAUUCUUAACACUAUGUUUAUUUAUUAUUAAUGGUUCAUUAUAAAUGUCUAUGUUCUUAACUAGUUUAUUUUGUGUUGAAAAAGGAAGAUGCAUGUACUCAUGUUCAGCUAUUAACGGUAAAAAGAUACUUAACCUUGGCCUUCUUUGUUUAAUGGGUUGCACUAUUUCCAUGGCAACGGCUGCUUUUCUUAUAGAAAUGGGUAUGGGCUGGACCAUAAUCCACUGAAAUCUCAGGGAGGAUCAUCGGUAAAGACAAAUCCACGGUGAACAGUGUUAGAGGCUUUAUAAAGGUUUUGGAGCUGGUUAUGAAUUCUGAGAAUUUGAGAAGUAUUUUGGAUGAGUUUUGUGGUUUGCAAUGCAAAUUACCAUGUAAAGGCAGAACAUGUUAUGAAAGUUAACUCUGUUGAACAGCGUAAGAGAAGUCUGUUCUGACGAGGAGUGAUAUGUUCACAAUUAAAGAUUGUA